GUCACCCGUAGGCAGCAGGUACAACAGCCUCAACUGUCUGUUCUCUGAAUAAAGUGGCGGCGGAGGAAACAAAGAACGACGACACCAGAGGGCCCGACAUGCCGUUCCCCACGCGCCUCCCGCCGCCGGCCACCGCCGCGGCCGCUACCGCCGCGGCCGUGCUCGCGGCUGUCGCACUGCGCCGGUACCUCUCCUCCCGCUCCCGCGCGGCCGCGGCCGCGCAUAGCACCAGCGGCGGAGCCCCAGCCGCCACCACGUUCCUCGUGCUCUCCGGCAAGUCCCCCCAGGACCAGCAGCUCCUCGCCUCCGCCGCCGGCGAGCUCUCUCUGGCGGAGGAGGGCGGGGGCGAGCUCGCCGUCUCCCUCGCGCUCGACGCCAGCGGGGACGCGGGCUUCGACGCGGCCGUCUACAUGGGCGCGCUCCAGGCGCGGCGCUUCGGGAGGUGGAUGCUCUGGUCGCCGAGGAUGGCAUCCACGCACGACCUCGUGACGCAGAACUUCGCCAAACUUCCGGUGGGCGUCGUGUGCGUCACAGACGUGCAGUUCAAAGGCAGAGGAAGAUCAAAGAAUGUGUGGGAAUCACCUCCAGGUUGUCUCAUGUUCUCGUUUACAUCACAGAUGAAUGAUGCCCGCAAGCUUCCCCUUAUGCAAUAUGUCGUUUGCCUUGCCAUGACCGAAGCCAUCAAAGAUUUGUGUUGUGCGAAGGGACUUCCAGAGCUAGAUGUAGGGAUAAAGUGGCCUAAUGAUCUAUAUCUGAAGGGGUUAAAAGUUGGUGGCAUUCUUUGUACCUCAUCAUAUGAGCCGAAAGUCUACAAUAUUUGCACUGGUAUUGGUUUAAAUGUCGACAAUGAAAAGCCUACUACAUGUUUGAAUGCUGCACUCCAAGAACUAAAGGCUAAUUCACCAAGACUUAAACGAGAAGACGUACUAGCAUCAUUCUUCAACAAAUUUGAAAUUCUUUUUGAUAUUUUCUCAAAUCAAGGAUUUCAGGCCCUCGAGGAGCAAUACUACAACUCAUGGCUUCACAGUGGCCAAAGAGUCGUCGUACAGGAUGCGCAUGAAGGCCAGUCUGUGAACAGUGUGGUCACGAUUAAGGGGCUAACACCAAGCGGCUACUUAUAUGCUGUUGGUGAGGACGGCAAGAGCUAUGAGCUGCACCCUGAUGGUAACAGCUUUGAUUUCUUCACAGGAUUGGUGAGGAGAAAGAUAGAUGCAUAGUACGCUGUCAGUAUAUGGGCUCCAGUGUAUUCUACGAACACAGACUGCCUGUUCAAAUACAAUGCCAUCGACGGGAUCCCGCGGGGCAUGAAGAAAACAUGAGCCCUGGCCUGGAGGCUGAAGCACAGGGCUUGGCUGAACCUGAAUUAGCAUGGACCAACAAAUCAGGAGCGAACCGAGCGAAAGAAUUGUAGGAAAAGGGCGGGGUCUCUGAAUACAGUGCUAAGCUAUUUUGUAAAUAGUUUGAAAACGGUGUGCUCUAUAUACUUGUGUUUCUGUAACAAGUGCCGAGUGUGUGAGUUAAUGUAAGAAAAAAACAUCGAGCGCAGUUUUUGUGGAGGUUGAAAUGAAGUUAAGAGCUGAACUAUGGCUUUUCUUUUUCUGAGAAAAAAGUUUGAACUAUGUUCCAAACUGCUGAACUAACAUUUGGUUUGUGCG